AAAGAUCGGCAGUGCUCUCCAUCUUCAAAUCAACGGAUCUCCUUCGUACGACGUGGCUCUUUUUUCGUUGAAAUUGAGUUCUAGUCUACUCCGGUCGUUCACAACUUUUUUGUCCCUCAAGUUCAAAUCAAUCGAAACCAUGAAGACUGCUAUCCUCGCCUCUCUUAUUGCCACCGCCGCGGCUUUCGCUCCUGCCAAGGAUGCUGCUCGCACCACCGCCUUGAGCGCCGGAUUCGAAAGCGAACUUGGAGCCCAACCUCCUCUUGGAUUCUAUGAUCCUUUUGGAAUUGUUGACAGUGCUGACCAAGAGCGAUUCGACCGUCUCCGAUAUGUUGAGAUCAAGCACGGACGUAUCUGUAUGUUGGGUGUUGUUGGAUACUUGCUGAACGCCGCUGGAGUCUACCUUCCAGGUGACAUUGACUACUCUGGAACCAAGUUCUCCGACCUUGGAUACGGAUGGGAUGCCUCCACCAAUGUCCCUGUUGCUGGAGCCCUUCAGGUUUUCGCCUUCGUUGGACUUUUGGAAUUGGGUGUCAUGAAGAGCAUUGAAGGAACAGGAAACGAACAUGUUGGUGACUUCCGCAACGGAGCCCUUGACUUUGGCUGGGACAGCUUUGAUGAAGAGACCAAGCUUUCCAAGCGUGCUCUUGAAAUCAACCAGGGACGUGCCGCCCAAAUGGGUUUGUUGGGACUCAUGGUUCACGACAAGCUCGGAAAUGUUGAGGACUUCUUCUUCCCUGCCAAAUAAGCAACCAAUCGGGCGGAGGAUAGUUGUAAACGUUACUAGAGUUUGUAUUUGACGCUGCC